UAAAUCUCAAUUCUGAACUCCGAACAUUUCAUUAAGAGGCGCUCGCUCUUCAACGGUCCCAUUUCUCCUCUCAAACGGCUACUUUUCUCUUUCUCUCACUAUCUAUCUAAACCCUCUUUCUCUCUCUAACGCCUUCAGUUUCUUAAUCGAAAAUUGAAAUCUCAAAUUCCAUCUUUUCCCUCCCAUACUUUCCAUCCAAGAAAAUCCACAGCCUCAUUUUCUCAGGAAAAUCACUAUUCUCCCACCUCUGUUAAGAAAAUCCAUACACUCAACAGAUUGCUUUAUCAGGUAAAACCCUUUAAAGAUGUCUAGUGUCCAACUUGAUCCACUUCAACAAGUGGAGACAACAUGUGGAACGCUUUUAUAUGAGCUUCAGAUAAUUUGGGAUGAAGUUGGGGAAACUGACACGGAUAGGGAUAAAAUGCUGCUUGAGCUCGAACAAGAGUGUCUAGAAGUUUAUCGAAGAAAGGUAGACCAAGCCAAUCGGUGUAGAGCUCAGUUACGCCAAGCCAUUGCGGAUGCCGAAACAGAAUUGGCGGCUAUAUGUUCUGCAAUGGGAGAGCGACCAGUACAUAUUAGGCAGUCUGAUCAAAGUAUUGGAAGCUUGAAGGAAGAGCUCAGAAAAAUUCUUCCCCAAUUAGAGGAGAUGCGAAAGAGGAAAUCUGAGAGGGGGAAGCAAUUCCUAGAUGUUUUAGAGGAGAUAGGAAAUAUUUCCAAUGAGAUAUAUGGAUCUGCGGAAUACAUUCCAUCCGCAACAAUUGAUGAAACUGAUUUUACCUUGAGAAAGCUUGAAGAAUUACACAGACAGCUUCAUGCACUUCAGAAGGAGAAGAGUGAUCGAUUGAAGCAGGUUCAGGAUUACCUUUGUACAUUAAAUUCACUCUGCUUAGUUCUUGGAAUGGAUUUCAAGCAGACUAUUAGUGAAGUCCAUCUAACUUUAGGUGAUUCUGAAGGACCUAAGAAUAUAAGUAAUAGUACAAUUGAGCUACUGGCUACUGCUAUACAAAAGUUAAGAGGGGUGAAAGUACAGAGAAUGCAGAGGCUACAAGAUCUUGCAACAACUAUGUUGGAACUAUGGAACUUAAUGGAUACACCACUAGAAGAGCAACAGAUGUUUCAAAAUGUUACUUGUAACAUAGCUGCUUCAGAAGAUGAAAUAACUGAGCCCAACACACUUUCACUCGAUUUCAUCAAUUAUGUUGAGGCUGAAGUGUCUCGGUUAGAAGAAUUCAAAGCUAGUAAAAUGAAAGAGCUUGUUCUCAAAAAGAGGUCAGAGCUAGAGGAGAUUUGCAGGAAGACUCAUAUGGUUUUAGAGACGGAUAGUGCGCUGGAAUGUUCCAUUGAAGCUAUUGAGUCUGGAGCCAUGGACCCUGCUUGGAUCCUUGAACAAAUUGAGCUUCAAAUCUCCAAAGUUAAAGAGGAAGCAUUUAGCAGGAAAGAUAUACUUGAAAAAGUUGAGAAAUGGUUGGUUGCUUGUGAUGAGGAGUGUUGGCUUGAGGAGUAUAAUAGGGAUGAGAAUCGGUACAAUGCUGGAAGAGGAGCUCAUUUAACUCUCAAGCGUGCUGAGAAAGCUCGUACUUUGGUUAAUAAACUUCCAGCAAUGGUGGAUCAAUUGGCUUCAAAAACUGUAUUGUGGGAGAGGGAGAAAGGCUUUGAGUUUACAUAUGAUGGCAUUCGACUUUUGUCAAUGCUUGAAGAGUAUACUAUAUUACGCCAGGAGAAGGAGCAAGAACGUCGUAGACAGCGGGAACAUAAGAAACUUCAAGGACAGCUGAUAGCUGAACAAGAGGCACUUUAUGGGUCAAAACCAAGUCCUUCCAAGCCAAGUGUUAAAAAGGGUCCUAGAAUGUCAACUGGAGGUGCAAGUAAUAGACGACUCUCCCUUGGAGGAGCAAUGAUUCAAACUCCUAAACCUGAUCACUCUGCAAAAGCUACUCCUCAUUCACGUCCAGGUAGUCGUAAGAGUGAUCGAGUGGUUCCAAACGAGCUGUUUAAUAAGCAUAUGGAUGAUAGCUUUACAGGUUUAUCAUCAACUGGUGCAAAAGGCCCUGAUGCUGCUUUAAAUAGAAACCACUCUUUUGGUGCUCGUGAAGUUGAAUCACCAAUGAAGCGGAAACCUUUCUCACCAAUAUCUUCAACAGCAUCAAAAACCAACAUAACAAACUUAUCAGAAGAUCAUUUGAACAUAGCGCAUCAUGAUAACACAGUACAGAAAACACUUCCUGCCAUUAAUAUGCCGUUCAAUACGCCUUCAAAGAAUUCCACUAGUGUUGCAGAUGAAGAGAACAAGACUCCUAGGGUGAUGCCAAUGUCAGUGCCCAGUACCCCUUCAACAAUAUCAGUUCCAAUGCAAACGGUAAUGACUCCAGCACAUGCAUUGAUUCCUUAUGCUUCCAAUGUAACAGAAGAAAUUCCUGAAGAAAUUGAGUACUCUUUCGAGGAAAGAAGAGCUGGUUUUGUGCUUCCCAAAUCACACAUUAAGUCACUUGUACAAGUUUGAGAUCUUUGGUAGUACGCUUCAGUUUCUUCUUCUUCUUCCUUUUUUUUUUCUUUUGGGAAUUUUUCAUUUUUAAGUCAAUUGCAAUUGGCUUGUUUGGUUUCUGUACAGUCUAAAAGCACUGAACGUGGACUUUCAAGUGUCUGAAGCUGUUUUCUUCUGAGAUCAGUAUUUUCACAUUUGAGCACUCCUUUUCUCACAAGUUUUUUAAUUGUU